CGCGCAAAUGCAACGUGUCAAACGGUUUUGUUGUUAAUUCUUGUUUUGCUGUCAAUUUUUUCUCCGAGUAUCGCAAAAUUUCACUUGUUUUACUGGAUUUGCACAAAAGUUAAUAGAAUUUAAACAAUUCAAUAGCAAGUUAGCAUGGCUGCAUCUCAACCAGUCCGUACAAAUUGGCAUCCCAGCAAAAAGCAUAGCGAUGUGGAACGUUGGGUUUGCAUAUAUCCGGCAUACAUCAAUAGUAAAAAGACACGCCAGGAAGGACGACGCCUGCCAAAAGAUGUAUGCGUUGAGAAUCCAACCUACGCUGAAAUCCGUGAUGUCUUAUCAGUAACCAACUUGCGCGUUGGUGUGGAAAACAAGCAAUAUUCGCGCGAAUGUAGCAGGGAACUGCACCUACGUGGUCGCAUACGCGUGCAAAUGCGCAAUGAUGAUGGAACACCCUGCAAUCCGGAGCUAAACAGUCGUGAGGACAUUAUGCGUUAUGUCUCAACCAGAAUACCACAAUUGAAAACGCGUCAAGGCAACGCAGGUAAUCAGCAGACACACGUGCAGGCGCAACAGUCCGCUGGUGGCAAGAAGGGAAAAGGCAAGAGGCGUUAAAACGUUCAAAACGUUGGUAGUUUGUUUGAGGAGUACAUAUUAAAUAUUUAAUACAAUAUAUUGCAAAAUGCAUAUAUCGCACACGAUCUUCAAAGGUGACAGCUCAAAAUUAUACGCUCGUCAGAAAAUUCGAAAAACAAUUUCUUAGCUCAUGCUGAUCAUGUGGGCAAAAAGUCUCCUUUGCCUAAGGUUUUUUCAGCAAUUGAUAACAAAAAUUUGCACCAGCUUUUGCUGAAAGGUAAAUAAAAGCUCUGUACAUUUGUUGUGCAUAAUUUCAAAAAUGCUAAAUUUUGAGUUGUGUCUCCUUUGAAGAUCGUGUGCGAUAUACUGAUUAUUGGAACUCUGAUACAUAUGCAUUUAUGUAUGUUUACGAUUUCUGUUUUAAUUGCAAUUUUUUUAAUGUAAAUUUCUUUUUUUAUCUAUGGAAAAUAAGAAUAAGCCCUGUAUUUGAUGAUUUAUACUGAA